AUGAAGUUUUUGCUUCUUUUAUUGGGCCUAGGAUGGGUCGCAAAUGCUGCUGUGGUUCUACCCCAGGGCAACAAGACCGCUGAAAUAAAUGCUCGUGAUACGGCGGGAUAUCGUUCCGUUGCUUAUUUUGUUAACUGGGCUAUCUAUGAACGCAACUUUCAUCCGCAAGACCUUCCUGUUGAGAAAUUAACGCAUAUUUUGUACGCGUUUGCUAAUGUCCAUCCCGAAACAGGCGAGGUCUACCUGUCAGACUCUUGGGCAGAUAUUGAAAAACAUUAUCCUGGAGAUUCCUGGAGCGACACAGGGACAAAUGUCUACGGAUGUGCAAAGCAGCUAUUUCUACUUAAACAAAAGAAUCGAAAGCUGAAAGUUCUUCUGUCUAUCGGAGGUUGGACGUACUCAAGCAACUUUGCCAGUCCGUUGAGCACAGCCUCUGGUAGAGCGAUAUUUGCUUCCUCUGCAACGACUUUGGUCAAGAACCUUGGGUUCGACGGAAUUGAUAUUGAUUGGGAGUACCCUGCCGAUAGUAUCCAAGCUGACAACAUGGUUUCCACUCUACAACAGUUGCGAUCUUCAUUGGACUCAUACAGUGCGGCCAGUGCCAAUAAUUAUCAUUUCUUGAUAACUGCUGCAUGCCCAGCUAGCUCAACAAACUCCCGAAAACUCCACCUAUCCCAGAUGAACCUGUACUUGGACUUUUGGAAUCUCAUGGCCUAUGAUUAUUCUGGAAGCUGGGAUACUGUGGCCAGUCACGAUGCCAAUAUUUAUGCAUCAACUAGCAACCCAACCGACACGCCUUUCAAUACGGAUCAAGCAAUUACCUAUUAUACAUCUAAUGGUGUCCCAGCAGACAAGAUUGUGUUGGGUAUGCCCCUGUAUGGCCGCUCGUUUAUGAACACCCGUGGCCCUGGUACUACUUACGAAGGGAUUGGGAGUGGCAGCUGGGAGAAUGGUGUGUGGGAUUACAAAGCAUUACCGUUGACAGGCGCAUCUGUGAACUACCUUAGCCAGCCUGUUGCAAGCUACAGCUACGAUUCAUCGCAGCAAAUGAUGAUUAGCUAUGACAAUCCCCAGGUCGCGCGAAUGAAGGCAGAGUACAUUCAAGCCAAGGGCCUGGGCGGCGGAAUGUGGUGGGAAAGUAGCGGCGACAAGAAUGGAUCAGACAGUCUGAUUACUACGGUUAUCCAUUCAUUUGGUGGUAGCGAUGCUUUGGACCAAAGCCAGAAUGAGCUGAGUUACCCGGCAUCCUCAUAUGAUAACUUGAAGCGUGGUUUCUCAUCUAGCUAG